AUGUUUUUAGUGUUGGCCAUAUGCAGCAUAUUGUUUGCUAUUUUAAUACCAAUUUGGCCACAGAUCUUUGGUACUGUUUUGCAUAUAAACCAGUCUCGAAUACAGAAUCAGGCAAUACAAAUCACGACUGAAUACUUUAUCGAUCAAGAAAAAUAUUUUUUUUUAAUUUUCUUGCAUACAAAUGCAGUUCUUUGUAUUGGAGGGACUACAAUGACAGCGACAGGAACAAUGAUUUUAGGAUGCUUUAUACACGCAUGUGGAAUGUUUCAUAUUGCAAGUUAUCGUAUAGAGCAAGCAAUGUCGACGAAAAUGCUCGAAAAUAUUAACCUGAAGAAUCAGAUAAUGAUUUAUAAAAAAAUAUUUUAUGCCGUCGAAAUCCAUCGCAAGGCUAUGAAGUUCAUCGACAUAUUGAUAUCUAGUUUUGAAGGCUCGUUUCUGUUAUUAAUAACGUUUUGUGUAAUUUCUUUGAGCCUGAAUAUUUUCGCAGUAAGUGCUUCUUUCGUGUUUUUGAAACUUAUUUCUAAGCGGGAUACUAAUGACAUCUGAUAAUAAUCAAAUUUGAAAAAUUCAUAAAUAA